GCAUGAAGCCUCCGUGUCACAGCUGCAUGCAUAGUCACUGUUGAAGCAAAUGCCUACCUAAUUUGACAGUUUCGGUGUGUUUAAAUUUUUUGAGUUUGCAAAUAAGCUUAUUAGCUUACUGAUGGAGCCUUCCGGCAGUGAACAGUUGUAUGAGGACCCUGAUCCUGGAGGCAAAUCUCAAGAUGCAGAAGCCAGGAGGCAGACAGAAUCAGAACAAAAGUUAUCUAAAAUGACCCACAAUGCUCUGGAGAACAUUAAUGUGAUUGGCCAAGGCUUGAAGCAUCUCUUCCAGCACCAGCGCAGGAGGUCAUCAGUGUCUCCACACGAUGUGCAGCAGAUUCAGGCAGAUCCAGAGCCUGAGGUGGAUCUGGACAGUCAGAACGCAUGUGCUGAGAUUGAUGGUGUCUCCACCCACCCCACAGCUCUGAAUCGUGUUCUGCAGCAGAUCCGGGUGCCACCCAAGAUGAAGAGAGGGACAAGCUUGCAUAGUAGGCGGGGCAAGUCAGAAGCCCCAAAGGGAAGUCCCCAAAUCAACAGGAAAUCUGGCCAAGAGGUGGCAGCUGUUAUACAGUCAGGUCGACCUAGAUCUUCAUCCACAACUGAUGCUCCUACCAGCUCUUCUGUGAUAGAAAUAGCUUGUGCUGCUGCUGUGUGUGUACCUGGAGAGGAGGCGACUACAGAACGGAUUGAGCGUUUGGAAGUAAGCAGCCUCGCCCAGACUUCCAGUGCCGUGGCCUCCAGCACCGAUGGCAGCAUCCACACAGAGUCUGUGGAUGGAAUACCAGAUCCUCAGCGCACAAAAGCUGCCAUUGCACACCUGCAGCAGAAGAUCUUAAAGCUCACAGAACAGAUCAAGAUUGCACAGACAGCCCGAGACGACAACGUUGCUGAAUAUUUGAAGCUUGCCAACAGUGCGGACAAACAGCAGGCUGCUCGCAUCAAACAGGUGUUUGAGAAGAAAAACCAGAAAUCUGCACAGACCAUCCUCCAGCUGCAGAAGAAGCUUGAACAUUACCAUCGCAAGCUUCGUGAGGUGGAACAGAACGGGAUCCCCCGGCAGCCCAAGGAUGUCUUCAGAGACAUGCACCAGGGUCUGAAGGAUGUGGGUGCAAAGGUAACUGGCUUCAGUGAAGGUGUAGUGGACAGCGUCAAAGGUGGAUUUUCCAGCUUCUCCCAGGCCACCCAUUCAGCAGCAGGGGCUGUGGUCUCCAAACCCAGAGAGAUUGCCUCACUGAUUCGAAACAAAUUUGGCAGUGCAGACAACAUCCCUAACCUGAAGGACUCAUUAGAGGAAGGACAAGUGGAUGACGGGGGAAAGGCUUUGGGAGUGAUUUCAAACUUUCAGUCAAGUCCAAAAUAUGGUAGUGAGGAAGAUUGUUCUAGUGCCACUUCAGGCUCAGUAGGAGCCAACAGUACCACCGGGGGCAUUGCUGUAGGAGCAUCCAGCUCCAAAACAAACACCCUAGACAUGCAGAGCUCAGGGUUUGAUGCACUACUGCAUGAGAUCCAGGAGAUCCGGGAAACCCAGGCCAGACUGGAAGAAUCCUUCGAGACCCUCAAAGAGCAUUAUCAGAGGGACUACUCCUUAAUAAUGCAGACCUUACAGGAAGAGCGGUAUAGAUGUGAACGACUAGAAGAGCAACUGAAUGACCUGACAGAGCUUCACCAGAAUGAGAUCCUGAACCUAAAGCAGGAGCUGGCCAGCAUGGAAGAGAAAAUCGCCUAUCAGUCCUAUGAACGGGCCCGGGACAUCCAGGAGGCCCUGGAGGCCUGUCAGACCCGUAUCUCCAAGAUGGAGCUGCAGCAGCAACAGCAGCAGGUGGUGCAGUUGGAAGGGCUGGAGAAUGCCACUGCCCGAAACCUUCUGGGCAAACUCAUCAACAUCCUCCUGGCUGUCAUGGCAGUCCUGUUGGUGUUUGUGUCCACGGUAGCCAACUGUGUGGUCCCCCUCAUGAAGACACGCAACAGGACGUUUAGCACUUUAUUCCUUGUGGCUUUCAUUGCCUUUCUCUGGAAGCACUGGGAUGCCCUCUUCAGCUACGUGGACCGGCUCUUCUCACCCCCCAGAUGAUGCUGGCACAGAAAGCAGUGCUCCUCACCGUCUGGCGAGUGCAUGCCAAGAGAGCUAGACAGCAGCAUUACCCACUCUGAAGUUUUCUACAAGAGAGUUGAGUGAAUCUGUUUACAUUUAGAAUAAUGUUUUUUUUCUUCAAGAGACGCAAUUGCAAUAGUAUUUUUUAGAUUUUAUCCAAGAAGUUUUUUGGGCAACAAUCUUGGAUCAUUUUUAUGUAGCAUGAUUUUCCUUGGGAUGCAAAUCUGAAACAGUCCUUUAACAUGAACCAACAAUCCGCAACACACGGAAGGGCAUUCUGAAUCGAGGCUUGGAGGACUGCACUAAACUCACUAAACAGAUGCAAAAACCUGACCAGGCCCAACACCCGCCCUUUCUGGGCUCCUCUCCUCAUCCAGACUAACUCUACUGUGAAGUCCCACCACAUUCCAGGUUGGAUUUUAGAUUCAGGGUGGAUUUUCCUGCCAUGGAAGAACACGGGCAUCAAUCUCCCUCGCUUUCUCACGCUAACCCUGAAGUAUGCUCACUUCUGAACCUGUGCCUUCCUUAACUCUGCCAGGAUUGGAAGCAAGAGCAUCAAGCCUGUAGGGUGACUGCACAGUCCUGUUCAGUAUUGUGAAGUAGCCCUUAAUCCUAACUUUUAAGCAAAAUCCCUUGGCCGCACUUUUAAGGUUUAUUUGGUGUUUUUUUGUUGUUGUUUUUUAAUAUGUGUAUAGUUACCAACUUAAAAAUAAAAAAUCCGAACAACAUACUUGAAGAAUGUAAUACUCAAACUCUCAGUGCUUCCUUAUAAUUUCUAAUAGGAUUUUUUUAUUAUUGUUAUUAUUAUUGGGGUUUGUUUUGUUUUGUUUUUGGUUGGUUGGUUGGUUUAUUUGGGGGAAGGGACUGGAUUGGGAUGAUCUUUUUUUUUUUUUUUCUUUUUUCUUUUUUUUCUUUGAAAUAAAGCAGUGAUGUUUUCAAAUGAAGCCGUGUGGAUAUUUCAGCGUGCUGCCCCCUAUUGUCUUGAACCAGUUGAGUUGGAGACUGUUGCCAGUGCUGCCCUCUGCCACGCUGUGGCGGCCUGGCUCUCUGGUGUCUACACCCGCACAGCACCGUCUCCCCGGCUUAGCUUGAGUAGAGUGGCGAGCGGUUGCAGGGUGAGGGGCAACAGUCUGCACAGACUAGUGUGGCAGGGCUGGAUUUUGUUUUCCUCCCAAAUAAGUGUUCACCCAGUGAUCUUGGGCUGGGAUCUCUUCAAGAAAAAAAAAAGCUACUAUGUUAUAAGUCAUAAAUAAUUCCUUGUGUUUGCUUAAUUUAUUGAUUAACACUCCCUAACUUCUGAAACCAAAGUGAUGUGGAGUCUUGUCUGCAUUUUGGCCUCAGCAUCCUUAACUUCAAAGCUUUAUUCUGUCUGCCUGAGAGGAUCAAUUGAAGAUGACUCUCCCAAAAAGCAGAAAAAGAAAUGUCAGGUUAGAAGGGCCCAGGUUCUGGGUGCACACUGUUGCAAGCUUCCUACUAACCCAGACUGACUCACUAACCUAUCUGCUCAGUGGCUGUUUAGAGACACUUUAGGAAGAUAAGCUGAGCUUUGCCCCCAUCCUGUAGCCCAUUCCAUCACCCAGGUGGAGCCUGAACCAACCUUCAGAGCAAACUAGGGAGCCUGACUAAUCUCAUAUUGUUGGAGGUCACGAAUGCCAUUCUAAUGGCCUCUUUCUGUGUGCCCACAUGAUGCCAAGGGGUCAUGUACUCUGCCCUAGACAGAGAAGUAUGCUUUGCUUAUGUCACCAUACCAGGACCUUCUUUCAGACCAGGGCUGCAGUGCCCUCCCUGUCUGUUAGAAGGGAUGGUUUACACAGCAGCUCCAGCCUCCUUUUGCUUUGGCCAGUUGGCCUUCUCACUUUGAUAUUUUAACUCAGGUACCCAGUCUUCACUCUAUCCCCAGAUCGUUGUUGUUCACCUCAUAAUGAGCACCUAGAGCAAGGACCAAAAUAAUAAUAAUAAUAAUAAUAAUUAAAACCAAUGCACAUUCAUGCCAAAACAAAUGGUCCCCAAACCUAUGUUUAAAAGGUUAACUGUACCUGAAAAUAUUGCAGCAGCUUCAGGCGAGAAUGCCAUGGGGCACUAUGACCUUGCUGCACUAGCAGUUGCUGCUGUAACUUGGUUGCUCUAAUACAGAAGAGCUGUGGGAGAGAGGAGCCAGCAGCAGCCCACUGGCUUCUGUAACCAUCCCGCAGGAGGGCCCCCCCCCCCCAGAUGCACUGUGAUUGCUAAGCGGAAACUGUCUCUAAUUGCCUGAAGGCAGUUUCUGUUGAAGGUAGUCUGGAGCUUCAGACAGACAGACCUGCACUGAUUCCUAGCAGACUGUCUUGAGAAGGACCUUCAGGACAGGCCCUGUCAUGGCUUCUUGCUGUCUUAUCCACUGCUUACUCACCAGGCCCACAGCUGUCUGCACUCAAUGCUGUUUGUAACACACAUCUGUUAUCCUGCCUGCCUGUACUUUUUUGCUGCCCAUCCCUGUUGCCUUUGAGUUUCUUGGAAUCAUGGCUGUCCUUGGACUCGCUUUUCUAUUCCCAGCCCUUCUAUAGCCUUGCUCUGAUGGUUUAGCACUUGAUCUGAGAGAAGCUUGCCCACAAUUUAAUGCUUCUUUUCCUUAAAAAAAUAAAAAAAUAAUGUUUUUAAAAUAAAAUUUUUUAAAAUUCCAUUAAAGUGAAGCAUUCCUUGAUUCCCUUGUCCAUGCUGGUGCCUAGCCUGGGUGAGUGAGGCUGGCUUUCUUGGCCUAGGUGACUGUUGUAGAGUUGGCCAUCACUCUGCAUUGUUGGUGGCUGUCUGCUCUAAUUUCAGGUCCCUGGUGUACUCAGUGCAUCUCGGCAAGGAAGGCUUUCUGCUCCUUAAGAGGUGCAGUUGGAUCCAUCGCUGACGGUGCUUCUUUAGCCCCAUUCCAAUUGGCCUAAAACAUUUGUCGCCAGAACAGUGGGGUGAAGCCUUCCUUGCCAGCCAUGUCUGACUGUGAGCAUGCUUUGGCGUGGUCUUCAGUGCAUUUGGUUUUGUUUCUGCCUCUGUGUUCUAAGGUAGUCAGUGAUCCUGGAUUCUGAGUAAGUAUUCAGUAUUCUGGCCUUGUCACCUUGGAGAAUACACAUCUCAAACAAAACCAAAUGCUGUCGUCAACAAGCCAGCACAGGUGAAGUGAUGGUUCCCACGCCACCCCCGAUAAAACUGGGAUUUUGAAUGUGGCUCUACAAGUUAAACAUUUCUGUGUGCUGUGUAUGCUAGGUGAUACCCUCGGAAGGGACUGACUACUAGACUGUAAGUGUGUUUUAUACAAGCGUGUAAGAUUAAAGACUCACAUGCACGAAUUGCAGAGUAAAGAGACGAUACUUGUGAACGCGUGAACGUUAACACUGUAGUUGCUAGAUCUUAAGCUGCUAAUUGUUGAGAGAGAAUUCACUUAUGUUCUGUCUGGCUGCUGUGGAGUCUCAGCAGCGCUUUGCUGUACAUAAAAUGGAAAUAAAGACCUCAGCUAGAAACCUGCCAAAUGA